GAGAGAGCGUGCAAACACGAUAUGGACAAAGCAAACCACGUUAGAGUGAGAGCCAUUGGUCGGUUGGUAAUGUUUAACAGCUGCAGACUGCAAAGACCCCUCCCUACAGGACCCUUUGAAUCCAAGACUCAACUCACAGCAACCUUAAUUCCUCUUAGUAUUCCUUGUCCUACAUGGAAUAGCACUUUCCACCAAUAACCCAAUACUCCCAUCCCAUAUAAUAUUAUCCAAUCCCACACCCUCCUCCCUCCUCCUAAACUCUCUUUCGCCACUUAAUCUGCUCUGCUCUUUCUUGUCAUCGUCAUGAGGAAGCUUUGUCCCAAUCUGGACCGUGAAGACGGCCUUGAAACCGUCCUCGAGGUCCCAAUCCCCGAAGAGAUGUAUGCUUCAGGCAAUCACAAGAACGCCACCAUUUCAUGGUACAACAUGAAGUCGUGGAUGAAACCCUCAAACAACGACCGAUCACAAUCAGCCAACGCGGUUUUUGGAAGCAAAAACGCCGAAGUCCAGCUCUUGCUUGGAGUCAUUGGAGCCCCUCUGAUUCCAUUACCAAUUCCCAACGAUCAGCAACCCAGUAGCCACGCCAUGAAAGAUCAACCCAUUGAAUCUUCGAUGGCUAAGUACAUAAUGAAGCAAUACAUAGCGGCAGUGGGAGGAGAGAAGGCUUUGAAUUCAGUAGAUAGCAUGUGCGCAAUGGGGAAGGUGAAGAUGGCGGCGUCAGAGUUUUGUACUGGAGAGAGGAGCUUGAAUGGUGGUAAGAACAAGUUGAAGGUUAAGAGCUUGUUGAGAUCAGUUGGCGGCGGCGGCGAGAUGGGUGGGUUUGUGCUGUGGCAGAAAAGACCAGAGCUUUGGUGCUUGGAAUUGGUGGUGUCUGGUUGCAAGAUCAGUGCAGGGAGUGAUGGAAAGGUGGCUUGGCGCCAAACGCCAUGGCACCACUCUCAUGCCUCUCGAGGCCCGCCUCGUCCUCUCCGGCGUCUCCUUCAGGGUCUUGAUCCAAGGUCAACAGCUAACUUAUUCAGCAACUCAGUUUGCAUUGGAGAGAAAGCAAUCAAGGACGAAGACUGCUUCAUACUAAAACUAGAAGCCGAACUCUCAACCCUAAAAGCAAGAAGCAGCUCCAACGUUGAGAUAAUAAGGCACACAGUUUGGGGCCACUUCAGCCAAAAAACCGGCCUCCUUGUCCAACUAGAGGACUCCCACCUCCUCCGAAUCAAAUCCGCCGGCAACGACCACAGCAUCUUUUGGGAGACCACAAUGGAGUCCUACAUCCAAGACUACCGGAAUGUCGAAGGCAUCAGCAUUGCGCAUGGGGGCAAGACAUGUGUAUCGUUGUUUAGGUUUGGUGACAGCACGGAAGGCCAUUCAAGGACACGAAUGGAGGAGGCUUGGGAAAUCGAGGAAGUCGAUUUUAACAUAAAGGGUUUGUCCAUGGACUGCUUCUUGCCUCCCGGUGACUUAAAGAAAGAAGAAAAGGAAGGCAAAUGUGGUGCCAUGGUCACUAGUGCACAUUCCAAAUUGCCCUACAAAAUUCGAUCCGCUUCAUGGAGAAUUAGUGCUUCGAAAGUCGCUGCACUCAAUGUUGAAUAUGAUUCAGAAGACAACGAUAACAGUGAUUAAGAAUUGCAAAUUCGUGAUUUUUUUGAUUUUGUACAUAAUUUUACGAAGAGUAUCACUAAACAAAAAACUAAGCGAAUCUUACAAUUAUUGUUUGUUAUGCAGUUUUGAUGUUUGGUAGUCAAAUAAGAGCAUCUCCAAGAGAA